AUGCAUCAGAGAGUGGCGGAGGCGUGGCGAGAGCGGCUCUGCACAGCGAUGUUUGAGAUGUUCCCUGGUGACCAAGGCACAAAUGUGACGCGUCGCCUUUCAUAUCUAGUGCCUCUGGUGCGGCAGGUGCGUCAGUCGUCAUCAUGCACGACAGUGGUAGUGGUGAGUCACGACCCGCUUUUCCUCGCCGCCUUCGCCGAGCAGUCGUUGAGAGGCCGCCUGCUGGGAUGGGCGACUAAGCUUGUUGUGGUGACGCGUUUGGCUCUCCCUCACCUUAAAGUCCUUCUGCCCGCUUAUUGGACAUUUUCCAUGAUGAACGCAGUUUUCCUUAAAAUUGACGAGGCAUCUUCCAGUUUCUACGGCGCCAGAGUCAAUGUGACUGCACGUCCUUACACGCCAUUCUGGGAGGAACGAGAAGGUCCCGAGAACACCACGCUUUACUCGGGCACCGACUACUACACCUUAACAGCCAUUGCCGCCGCUCUCAAUUUCACCUUCCACAGGUUACCCACUUCUUCCUGGGCCGAGGUCACUCGCCUGGUGGAGGAAAGAGUGUCUUUUAUGGCCUCUGUGAUAUACAUUCUCAUGCCAGACAGACUUGGUCGAUACGAUUUCUCAUUUGCCCAUGAAAUCAUGUCCACGGGCUUCAGCAUGGCGCCGCCCAUUCUGCAACCGCAAUGGCAGGCCCUUUACUACCCGCUGUCUGGCUGGGUGUGGGCCGGGAUGCUCAUCGCUCUCCUCGUCACUCCUGUUGCCUUCGUUUUGAUUUCCACACGAAUGGCUGGAGACAAAGAUGAAAAUCUGUUGUUGGGGACAGUGUUCCACUACAUGGUGGGGAUGCUGUUGGCUCAGAGCCUCUCCCACCACUUGUUUAAAACCUCUUCUAGGCGGAUUCUAGUGGCUGCCUGGCUCGUGUUCGCUAUCAUCCUUGGAUCUGCAUACAGCGGCAACCUGACCGCUACCCUCACCUUGCCCAAAUAUCCUCCUCGCCCAGAGACGCUGAAGCAGCUCGUGGAUGCUGCUGACAGGUGGUGUGCAUCUGGGUGUUAA